ACAGUGGUGAAGCUGCCUUACUCUGGAAGCUUGGCCUCAUUGCUACUACUACCUAAAGCAGAGUUGAGGCCCCUGGAAGACUGCCUUUCUGACACUCGCAUGAGCUUUUGGCUCAAAAACCUGAAGCCCGGGCGGGCAGAAAUCCGUUUCCCCAAGUUCCAGCUGAGGAAGUCCUGCAGUUUAAAAAGCCUCCUAAGAAGCUCUGGGGUGUCAUCUGUGUUCUCCAACUCAGCCGACUCUUCGGGGGUGUCGCCAAGGACAGUGAGACUUGUCAAGGCUCUCCAAGAGGUUUCACUGGAGGUGGACGAGACCAUGUCAGAGGACAGAGGGAUAUCUGACGUGACCCUGGACUUCUCUGUCCCACCGCGGGUUACCUUCGACAGACCAUUCCUGCUCAUAAUCUACGAUGAACUCACAAGGUUCAUUCUUCUAAUGGGGAAAAUUACUAAUCCUAAAGACAUCUAGUCAGUGAACAUCAAACUCUUUUUCUUAGCUGUUUAUAUGG